AUGACGUCGCCGCAAGUGCCGCUCAAGAUCGCGUUCAACGGGGACAUCCACCGCACGCGCGUCGACCUGCGCGACCUGACGCUGUUCCGUCUCACGCAGCUCACGGCGCAGACCUUUGGCCUGUCGCCAGCGGACUUUGUCGUGCAGUACCGCGACGCAGAAGGCGACUGCAUCACCGUCGAGACCGACGCCGACGUGCGCGAAGCCGUGCGCGCGUUCCAAGACGCGCAGCAGCAGUCGCUCAAGUUCUCGGCCCGUACCCGACGCCAAGUGGCGUUCCAGGAGCAGGUGGCGGACCCACUGGUCGCGUCCGUGGAGCAGCUCAUGCGGGCGCUGGCCGGAACGCUCGAGCAGCUCAAGUGCGACGCGCACUUUGCGUCGAGUGCGGCGCCGAACGUGGUGCGGGCCGAGACCGCUCGGGACGCGGCCGAGUCCCCCAAGACAGCAGCGAGCGGCUUCUCGAGCUUCGCCCAGGGCCUCGUGGGUCAGAUCAACCGCUUUAUCCCCGAGAAGAAGGCGGGCGAAGCGCCAGCGGCGCUGCCCAACGUGCCGGCGGCUCUGCCGGACCCCGAGCCAGCGGUGCAGGCCGAGGCGCCACCUGCGCCGUUGGUACCUGGUGGGGGUACGGACGCGGCCGCGCCGACGCCGCUCGUUGCCGCGACGCACGAGACGCCGUCGAUUGCGUCGUCGGUGGCGUUCUCCGAGGCGGAAGUCAAGUGGGCCGAGCAGCUCUCGGUCGUGAGCAGUAUCCUGCCGAACGUCAGCCCGGCGCGCAUCAUCGACGUACUGGAGAAGAGCGGCGGCGACCUCAACGUCGCGCUGAACGUGCUCACUGAAGAGAACUGA